CCUCUAUCCCGUCUGGCUCUGCGGCGCUGGGGCAAGAUGGCGGCUGAGAAACAGGUUCCCGGUGGCGGCGGCGGCGGCGGCAGCGGGGGCGGCAGCGGCGGUAGCGGCGGUGGACGCGGUGCCGGAGGAGAGGAAAAUAAGGAAAACGAGCGGCCUUCAGCUGGAUCGAAGAUUCUUACCAUUGUAAGCUUUUCCUUAAUCUUGGCUCUAGUUCUUCAGAUUAUUAAGGAAUCCCAGCAGCAGCAUGGUUUACGGCAUGGAGAUUUUCAGAGGUAUAGGGGCUACUGUUCCCGUAGACAAAGACGUCUUCGGAAAACACUCAACUUCAAGAUGGGGAACAGGCACAAAUUUACAGGGAAAAAAGUAACUGAAGAUCUUCUGACUGAUAACAGGUAUUUGCUUCUGGUUCUGAUGGACGCUGAACGAGCCUGGAGCUACGCCAUGCAGCUGAAACAGGAAGCCAAUACCGAACCCCGAAAACGGUUCCAUCUGUUGUCUCGCCUGCGCAAAGCCGUGAAGCACGCGGAGGAGUUGGAACGCUUGUGUGAGAGCAAUCGUGUGGACGCCAAGACCAAGUUAGAGGCUCAGGCGUACACAGCUUACCUCUCAGGAAUGCUGCGUUUUGAACAUCAGGAAUGGAAAGCUGCAAUUGAGGCUUUUAACAAAUGCAAAACUAUCUACGAGAGACUGGCCAGUGCUUUCACAGAAGAGCAGGCAGUGCUGUAUAACCAGCGUGUGGAAGAGAUCUCACCCAAUAUCCGCUACUGUGCAUAUAACAUCGGGGACCAGUCAGCUAUCAAUGAACUCAUGCAGAUGAGAUUGAGGUCUGGUGGCACUGAGGGUCUUCUGGCUGAGAAAUUAGAGGCAUUGAUCACUCAGACUCGGGCCAAACAGGCAGCCACCAUGAGUGAGGUGGAAUGGAGAGGGAGAACCGUUCCGGUGAAGAUAGACAAAGUGAGGAUCUUUUUACUGGGAUUGGCCGAUAACGAAGCAGCCAUAGCACAGGCUGAAAGUGAAGAAACCAAGGAGCGUCUGUUUGAAUCCAUGCUCAGUGAGUGUCGGGACGCCAUCCAGGCCGUUCGGGAAGAGCUCAAGCCGGAUCAGAAACAGAGAGAUUACACCCUUGAAGGGGAGUCGGGGAAGGUAUCUAAUCUUCAGUACCUGCACAGCUACCUGACUUACAUCAAGUUGUCAACAGCCGUCAGGCGGAACGAGAACAUGGCCAAGGGGCUGCAGAAGGCACUGCGGUCGCAGCCGGAAGAUGACAGCAAGCGCUCCCCACGGCCCCAGGACCUCAUCCGGCUCUAUGACAUCAUUCUACAGAAUCUGGUGGAAUUGCUCCAGCUUCCUGGCUUAGAGGAGGACCGAGCCUUCCAGAAAGAGAUAGGCCUCAAGACGCUGGUGUUCAAGGCUUAUAGGUGUUUUUUCAUUGCUCAGUCCUAUGUGCUGGUGAAGAAGUGGAGCGAAGCCCUUGUCCUGUACGACCGAGUCCUGAAGUAUGCAAACGAAGUACAUUCUGACGCCGGGGCCUUCAGGAACAGCUUAAAGGACCUGCCCGACGUGCAAGAGCUCAUCACGCAAGUGAGGUCAGAGAAGUGUUCGCUGCAGGCAGCGGCGAUCCUGGAUGCAAGUGACUCCCACCAAACAGAGAUUUCCUCCCAAGUCAAGGACAACAAGCCUCUGGUCGAACGGUUUGAGACAUUCUGCCUGGACCCUUCCCUCGUCACCAAGCAAGCCAACCUCGUGCACUUCCCACCGGGAUUCCAGCCCAUUCCUUGCAAGCCUUUGUUCUUUGACCUGGCCCUCAACCAUGUGGCAUUCCCACCUCUUGAGGACAAGUUGGAGCAGAAGACCAAGAGUGGCCUCACUGGAUACAUCAAGGGCAUCUUUGGAUUCAGGAGCUAACCAGGCUCUUCUUGGGGGCAAGGGGAGAUUCUCACUCUUCAUCUGUAUUGUGAGAAAACCCCAGCAAGUUCCAUGAUAUUAAAUCCAGGUCUGCAUUGGCCCAGGGCAGGAGUGUCACAUCCUCAGCCCUGUGUCCCUAUGUCUUG